AUGGAAAAAACGGAGACGACCACCAGCAAGGGUGCGGGGAAAUGGAGGAAAGGGGGCAUGUCAAUAAUCACGAACAUGAUUCACAACGCCAAAAAUUUAUUCCCCCAAAAUAAUUUGCAGUAUACUUACAUAAACACAUUUAUGUUAUGUCUUCUGUUUACCUUUAUACAUAAGUACCUGGACCAGACUCUUCCCUCCUUGUACAAGUCCAUUGAAAAUGACUUCAACGUUGAUGUGAAAACUUUGUACUACGUGAACACUAUGUACAAGUUGGCGUACUCUGCCUUCAAUUUUUUUUUUGCGCUUUUUUUCGAUUACUCCUUUAAGAAGAUAUUUUGCGUCAAGUAUGAGAAGGCUAGUGUGGGGGAUAACAGCGACCGCGUCAAGAAGGACAUGGUUGCAGGAGUGGAUAGCGGAGUGAGUGGUGGCGUGAGCGACACCGAAUACGAAAUACAGUUCAAGGGCGAGGGCGCGGACAAGGCGCUGUGCGUAAACAGCGGCGUGAAGGCAGUGGAAGAGGAAGAAAAAACAGCUAAUGGAAAAAAACAAAAACAACAGAAUAGUACGCACGUCAGCGAAGAAGUCAUUUGGGGUGAGUACAGAUAUACACUGGACAUCUUAGUGAUCUCCUCCAUCGUCUACGUGGUAGUAAUUUUUGGCAUCAUGUUGUCAAAUAAUUUCCUCUACUUUUUUUUCUUUAUGUUUAUUAUGGGCAUCAACAACUCAUGCAUAUACAUUUUGAUUCAGAAAAUUUACACCAAUAACGUGUUUAGUGAAAACAGAAGUACCAUUUUUGGCUUCCUUCAUUUUUUCUCCUCCAUUUCUCACAUGCUGUCCAUUUCCAUAAACACCAACCUAAGCAAUAAAUUUUACUUGGGGUUUAAUGGGUGGCGAAUAUGCUACUUGGUAAUAUCCUUCGUGCCAAUCCUCGUGUGUAUAUGCCUUGUAAGAUUAAUCAAGGUGAGCAAAUUCAAGAGCAGAGGACGUAAAAGUCACAGCUACAGUUACUUGGUCUCCUUCGAUAAUAUGACGGAUGUAUGUCAGGAGAGCGAGAAGGAGGAAAAUUAUUGCAAAAGGGAAAAUGACAAAUUGGAGCGUCUUCGGGGUGCAAGUAAGGAAAGGCAAGACGAGAAAAAAAAGACGAACAAGAAGAAGGAUGAGGGGGGAGCAGAAGUUUUACUUUUUAACGCAGAGCAGGGUAAACACUCCAUGAAGGGUAAUUGUAGAGAACCCAGUGAAGAGGUACAGGAAAAGGAGAAGGGGGAUCGCCACCUACCCUCUGGAACGAGCAAAAAUUACUACAACACGCAUAUGCAACAUAAGGAAGGAUUGACCAAUAUAUCUAAUGCGUGCGAUGACACAGCCUCUGUACACAAUUCGAGCAAGUUAGACGUAAGGCACAGCGCAAGCACGAAUGAUGAUUUGAACAACACAAGUUUAAUAUCGACCAAUGAGAGGAUAAACAGUAAUCUUAUUAAGCGAUCCUUUUUCCACAUGAUUUCGAAGAAGACAAGUUCCCCCCUGAAGGGUGCCGCGUUAAAUGUAGGCACCAAUAGGACUAGCAGCGGGGAAAGUGCAGUUACUGGGGAAGGGGAUUGUACCACCAGAGGAAACGGAAACUACUCCAAAUGGGGAAAGAAUCAUAUGAAAGAUACGAAGGAAAAUAAUAAAAAGAAAAACUCGCAGGAAGAUGAUGAGAAUGAAACCACAAUGAAGGGAACCAAUUUCUCCUCCUCGUGCUCCUCCAUUUUUGCAAAGAGAAAUGAAGAAAGAGAAAAGUAUGAACACGGAGAAGAAUUGGAUAAUCUACUAGAAGAAGAGGAAAAGGAGAAAGAUAAAAAAUUGAAGUAUGAAUUUUCAUACCUAUACGAAAUUAAAUACGUGUUUAAAAAUUACAGUUUCUGGUUGAUGAUCACCAUGGGAAUGUUAAAUGGAAUCCCCAAACAUGUGCUCAGUUUAAUGAUUUAUUUUUUUCAGUACUGUAAUAUAUCAGAUUUCCGAAGUGGCCUGAUUAUAUCAUUAAGUUGGCUGUGUGCAAGCUUAAUUUCUCCCUUCAUUGGUAUUAUCAGUGAUUAUUUUUAUAAAUUAAACAAAGACAUAAAUCGGCAACGGAUAGGAAUGUGUACGCAUUGCUUAAGGAUCAUUUUAAUGUUUACAAUGUUUUUUUUUGUGCCGAAGGAAGCCGAUUCUUUUAUAUACUUUGUCAUAAUUUCUCUCCUUAUGGGUAUUUUAAGUGGGUGGAUAAAUAUAGGCACACAUAAGCCUAUCAUAAUUGAUAUUGUCAAACAGAAGCACACUGCUUUCGUCAUGGCGUUGAUGAGUGCUUUCGAGAACAUUGGGUCUUCCAUCAUUGGCACUUUUUUUCUCUCCUUUCUUCUCAACCGAUAUAACUACAUUGACAAGAGGAAGAUCAACAACGUCGACGUCAGUGUCAACAAACACAACGUGCACGUUUUGUCUGACGUCCUUCUAAUCCUGACAUGUUUGCCCUGGUUAAUAUCCUUUUGCCUCCUCUACGUGCUCAAGUUUACCUACAAGAAGGAUAAGCUGUACAACAAUUUGUUUUAG